UCUACCGAUAUAUUGUGCACUAGCGCUAUGCUAUUAUAUUAUAAUCGAAUCCUUAUCAUAUGUGGACAACACGAGUGAAAAAACCCCCAUAUUAUCAGGUUCACAAGGCAGGAAGUGGCACAAAGAAGAGGAGCAGAAAAAAAGAGCAAUAUAAAGAGAGAUGUUGGAGAGAGCUUUCGUCAAGCGACUAAGGGACUUUGACUCUGAAGAAGAGAUGAAGAAUGAGGGAGAAAACAUGCAGCUGAUAAACCCACAGACAUUCUCACCACAGAGACGAAUACAGACCCACAGGAAUUAAAGGGCAGAUGGAAAAGGACAGAUUAAAGACAUUUGUUACUAUAUUAUUUAUUGUCACUCUUAUUGGCUUGCUGAUUUUGGCAUACAUAGACAAUCAAACUUAUUACAUGAGAUUCCCUCAACCCAAUAAAAAACAGAAAUCCACAGAGCCUUUAAAUUCAAUAACGCCCAUCAAAAACUCAAAGCACUAUAUGGUGUCUGCCUUUAUCGACCACAGAGUGGGUGGGAUCAUUCGAGUCAUCAGCAUAAUCAACAGAAACAGUCUUCAGCCACUUUACUGUGUCUACUGCAACAUUGAACAGGACUGUAAAACUGUAAAGGCAAAUGUCCAGAUACACAGCGAUCAUUUUGGUUACCCAUUUGCUGCCUCAGAUGUGAUUUGUAAAGAUAAGCACUUGCAAAAUGCAAAACAUGUUCUCAUCUCAACUGAUAAAGAUUCAGCCAAUCUUAAAAUGGAUUAUUUGCCAAUAAAAAAUCGAGUGAUAAGUGAGACCUUUAAAUUUAACUUCACAGUUUGCAUCUCCAACCUUUUUGGAGACUACAAUAAUGUACUGCAGUUUGCGCAAACUAUUGAGAUGUACAAGCUUCUGGGCAUACAGCGAGUGGUAAUCUAUAAAACUAGUUGUGGACCAGACCUGGAAAAGCUCCUACAGCACUAUGAAAGAGAGGGAAUACUGGAGAUUGUAUCAUGGCCUAUCGACCAAUUUCUUAACCCAUCCUCAGGCUGGAAAUUCAGGAAGCACAGUGGUGAUCUCCACUAUUACGGCCAGUUGACAACACUCAAUGAGUGCAUGUACAGGCACAUGUAUCAAUCCAAGUAUGUUCUUCUCAAUGAUAUUGAUGAGAUCAUCAUGCCAUACAAGCAUGCCAAUUUGCCUUCUCUUAUGGAGGACCUUCAGUCUGCACACCCCAAUGUAGGUGUGUUCCUUAUUGAGAACCACAUAUUCCCCAAAACACAGUUUGAGGACAGUAGAAAGUACAAAAGAUCAGAAUGGAAUGAUAUUCCUGGUGUCAAUAUCAUGGAGCACAUUUACAGAGAACCUGAUCGAAAGAAUGUUUACAAUCCCACAAAGAUGAUUGUUGACCCAAGGAAGGUGGAGCAAACCUCAGUGCAUGUCCCCUUGAAAAGCGUUGGAGGUAAUUACCGUGUACCUUUUCAUGUGUGUAGAAUUAUACAUGUAAGAACUCCACUGCAGGGGCGUCUUACAAAAGAGGAACUGACUGUGGACACAAGAGUGUGGGACUUUGAGCAAGAACUGAUACAGAAUGUUGACCAGACUUUGAAACAUUCAGGUUUACUGAGGCUUUCCAGUUGACAUGUUUGUAUCAUAAUGUCAUACACAAUACACUUUUCCCCCAAACUCAUCAAAUUCAACUAUGAAUAAAGAAAACGAUGAACAGAGGUAGAAAAAUACUGUAGACUGCUUAUGGGUUAUUUAAAUUGUCUGCCAAACAUUUUUGUUCUGGACCAAAUUUGAUUAAAGCCAGCUGUCCUAAGAAUGAUGCAACUGCAACAUUACUGCUGUGAACAAACCCAAAUGACAUUCUAGUACAACAUUAAAAAAAGCACAUUAAUAAUAAACUGGGAACUGAGACCUGAAAUGUAUAACUGAUGCUGAUAUAUUGUUGUGUUAAUCUUUCACUUGCAAGUGGUUAAAAAUUUUAAUACAUUUGUUGUUCUUAUUGUACUUUUGUUCAUGUUUUGCAAAAAUAAAAAUAAACAAUUGCCAGGCCAGACUUAAUGCAUAAUUUUAACAUAUCCAUGCUACUGGUUCAAUCAUGUUUCAAAAUCUUGUUCAUUUUAUUAAUGUUUAAAGGAAAAUACGUUUAUACCUCAUGUUGUGUUCGGUCAUUUUGACCCGAAGAGGAUUUUCUUUUGCCUGAAAAUGCUAGUUAAUGUUAUCAUAUUGGACUAAACUUACUGACUUUGCUCACACAGGUAUCACAAUAUAUAUAUACACACACACACUACCAGUUAAAGUUUUGAGACACUUGACUGAAAUGUUUCACAAGAUCUUAAAAAAUCUUUUGAUCUGAAGGCAUAUACUUAAAUGUUUGAAAUUAGUUUUGCAGACAAAAAUAUAAUUGUGUUUAAAUGUUAUUUAAAAAAAAAGUUUUUGAAAUUGAUGACUUGGACCAAAUAAUAAAGAAAAACAGCCAAUAAGUGUUCAACAUAGAUGGGAACUCCUUCAAUACUGUUUAAAAAGCAUCCCAGGGUGAUACCUCAAGAAGUUGGUUGAGAAAAUGUCAAGAGUACAUGUCUGAAAAUUCUAGGCAAAGGGUGACUACUUUGAAGAUGCUAAAAUAUAACACAGUUUUGAUUUAUUUUGGAUUUUGUUUAGUCACAACAUAAUUCCCAUAGUUCCAUUUAUGUUAUUCCAUAGUUUUGAUGACUUUACUAUUAUUCUAAAAUGUGAAAAAAAAAAAAAAAAUUAUAAUAAUAUAAAAAAUUAUAAUAAAGUGUUUCAAAACUUUUGACCAGUAGUGUAUGUAUGUAUAUAUAUAUUUCACCUUGUUACACGUUUGGUGUUCCUGGUCAAAAACCGGCCUAUAACAAUUGCUUAUAAAUCACUCAUUAUGCUAUAUUAUCACCAAAUAUUGGAUUAGAUCUUUUUGCCAGCUUGUUUUCUUUCAAUUAGCACAGGUUUUGUAUUUCUUUUUGGAACUUAUUGAUCGUGGGCCUCACUGACCUGAGCUUAUGCACCAUUUUUGAGUGAAAAAAAUAAAAUAAAUAAAAAGUAUUUGUGGAUAAUUUUGGCAAUAUUUAAUAAAAUAUUAAAACAUUCUGUA